AUGUCAGCCGAAGACGCAUUCACAUUCUUGCCUCAGGGCGCCAUCAUCCAGGAGUUCCGCGUUGCGGGGCACAACAUCGUCCAAGGUUUCCCUACCGCGGAGCCCUACAAGACCAAGAACUCUGCUUACUUUGGCGAGACGAUUGGUCGCGUCGCCAACCGCAUCAAGGACGCCAAAAUCCAGAACUUGAACGGCAAAUCCUACAAACUCACAGCGAACAACGGACCUAAUGCUCUUCACGGAGGCCCAGCUGGCUGGGGAAAGAGAACGUUUGAUGGACCUACCCCUGUCAGCAGAAACGGCACAGAGGCUGUUCAGUUCAAGUAUCUGAGCAAGGAUGGCGAGGAGGGUUACCCUGGAACCGUAGAGCUCCGCGUCUGGUACAUCGCAAGCAAGAAGAGCGAUGGUGGUGUGGAAAAGACCCAGCUCGAAAUCGAGUAUGAGGUUGAGCUCGUUGGAGAUGAGGUCGACGAAACUCUAGUCUCGGUGACCAACCACAGUUACUUCAACAUCUCUGGAAAGGACACCAUCGAGGGCACAGAAGCGACCUUGAUGACUGAUCAGCACAUGAUUGUCGACGACACAGACAUUCCCACUGGCGAGAUCAAGUCAUUCCCCGGCGUUGAAGCAAAGAAGGCCUUCACGCUGGGACCCGUAGAGCCCGACAUCGACCACUGCUUUGUCAUCAACACCGAUGCUUCAAGCGUACCUUUGGACACAAGAUCGGGAGAGAUGCGCACACUGUGCGCAUUCUUCCACCCUGAGACAAAACUCCACUUUGAGGUGCUCAGCACAGAGCCUGCUUUCCAAUUCUACACUGGCAAGUACAUCGACAUCCCUGCUGUGGACGGCGCACCGGCACGCGGCGCUCGUGCCGGUUUCUGCGUCGAGCCCAGCCGUUACAUUGAUGCUGGAAACAACGACGACUGGAAGAAGAUGGUUCUCCUGAAGAAGGGUCAAACCUACGGAAGCAAGAUUAUCUACCGUGGAUGGAAAGAGUGA